AUGUUGUUCAACUGGGGGAAGUCGCCGGAAAGUCGCCGAGGGCGGCAGAACGCCAUCUUUUUGGAGGGAGGAGGAAGACAGCCGAGUGGGAGGGGAGUGCGGGAUAAGGAGACAGAGAGGCUCGAGGGUGGCCGUGAAAGAGACGGGAGAGAGAGAUCCCGGGGGGGCGUGUGCCGUGUGCGAGCUUGUCUUCCGGAGUUAAGCCCCGACUGCUUUCUGCCAACCCGUGCCAUCACUGCCGUGUCAAGUCGUGCGAUAGUAGAGCCUCCUCUUCUUAGUAAGGAUUCCAUCCGAAGUGCGAGCAUCUCAGGAUAG